AUGAGUGUAGAUGCGUAUGGCCCGAGUUCUCAAACUCUCACGUUUCUCGAUACAGAAGAGGCAGAUCUUAUUGGGGCAGAUACCCAGGGCUCCGAAUGUGAUUUCACAGAUUUUACUAUCCCUUCGCAAACUCAAGCAUCACAGCAUGAUCACACGGGACCCAAAGUUCAUGGCGUACAGAUAAACAACAACUUGUCAACUAAAAUAGCAUCUGUGACUACUGCUUUGGGAGAACUACAAUUUGAAGAAGAAGAUGAAGAGUUUUAUAAUAGUAAAGAAUUACCAGAUUUUGCCUGCAAGUAUUGUGGCAUCCACGAGCCAAAUUGUGUGGUAAUGUGUAACUUGUGUAAAAAGUGGUUUUGCAAUGGAAGGGGAAACACUUCUGGGAGCCACAUUAUAAAUCAUUUGGUUAGAGCCAAACAUAAGGAAGUUACACUCCACAAGGAUGGACCUCUUGGUGAAACUAUUUUAGAAUGCUACAGUUGUGGUGUAAGAAAUGUCUUUGUAUUGGGUUUCAUCCCAGCUAAAGCUGAUUCUGUGGUUGUACUGCUUUGCAGACAGCCUUGUGCUGCUCAAAAUUCCUUGAAGGAUAUGAAUUGGGAUCAAGACCAAUGGAAACCCUUAAUUGCAGAUCGUUGUUUCCUUACCUGGUUAGUUAAAAUUCCAUCUGAACAAGAACAACUUAGAGCGAGACAGAUUACUGCUCAGCAAAUAAAUAAACUAGAAGAAUUAUGGAAAGAGAAUGUUGAUGCAACUUUUCAAGAUUUAGAAAAGCCCGGAGUUGAUGAAGAGCCACAACAGGUUCUGUUGCGUUAUGAAGAUGGCUAUCAGUAUCAAAAUAUAUUUGGCCCUUUGGUUAAGCUGGAAGCUGACUACGAUAAGAGACUUAAAGAGUCUCAAACUCAAGAAAAUAUUGAGGUCAGAUGGGAUGUUGGACUAAAUAAGAAGACUAUUGCCUACUUUACAUUAGCAAAAACUGAUGGAGACAUGAAAUUGAUGCAUGGGGAUGAAUUAAAAUUGCGUUAUGUUGGAGAAAUGCAUAAAUCCUGGGCUGGAAUUGGUCAUGUUAUUAAAGUUCCUGAUAAUUAUGGUGAAGAUAUUGGUAUAGAGUUAAAGAAUGGUUCAGGAGCUCCUACUGACUGUACUAGUAAUUUUGUUGUUGAUUUUAUUUGGAAGAGUACAAGUUUUGACAGGAUGCAAGUAGCAUUAAGAAAAUUUGCAGUUGAUGAUGCUUCUGUUUCUCAGUACAUUUAUCACAGACUGCUCGGUCACGAAGUGGAAGAAGUUCUAUUUCGUUGCCAUCUUCCAAAACACUUUUCCGCUCCAAAUUUGCCAGAUUUGAACAGAUCGCAAGUAUAUGCUGUUAAACAUGCUUUACAAAGACCUCUUUCAUUGAUUCAAGGGCCACCAGGAACUGGGAAAACUGUAACAUCGGCUACUAUUGUGUAUCAGUUAGUGAAGCAAAAUGGCGGACCAGUGUUGGUAUGCGCUCCUAGCAACACAGCUGUAGAUCAGCUAACUGAGAAAAUUCACAAAACGGAUUUAAAAGUGGUGAGACUUUGUGCUAAAUCUCGUGAAGCUAUUGAUUCUCCAGUUAGUUUCCUGGCUUUGCAUAAUCAAAUAAGAAAAAUGGAAGGUAACACUGAGUUACAAAAGUUGCAGCAACUUAAGGAUGAAACCGGGGAAUUAUCUAGCAUGGAUGAGAAAAGAUAUAGGAUGUUGAAAAAAUUGGCAGAAAAGGAACUUUUGGAAGCAGCUGAUGUUAUUUGCUGCACAUGUGUUGGUGCAGGUGAUCCACGUCUUGUUAGAUUGAAAUUCCACUCAAUUUUGAUUGAUGAAAGCAUGCAGGCAACAGAACCGGAAUGUAUGGUGCCAGUUGUGUUGGGUGUGAAACAACUCAUUUUAGUAGGUGAUCAUUGUCAAUUGGGUCCAGUUGUUAUGUGCAAAAAAGCAGCUAGGGCUGGUCUGUCUCAAUCUUUAUUCGAGAGACUAGUUGUGUUGGGUAUUAGACCUUUUAGAUUGGAGGUACAGUACAGAAUGCAUCCAGAACUGUCGCGUUUUCCAUCCAAUUUCUUUUAUGAAGGAAGCUUGCAAAAUGGAGUUAGUGCUGAAGAAAGAAAAUUAAUCAAGAUUGACUUUCCUUGGCCCAUUGCUGAUAGACCCAUGUUUUUCUUAGUUACACAAGGUCAAGAAGAAAUUGCUGGUAGUGGAACCAGUUACUUGAACAGGACAGAAGCCGCCAACGUCGAAAAAAUUGCUACCAGAUUUUUAAGAGCAGGAGUCAAACCGGAACAAAUAGGUGUUAUAACUCCAUAUGAAGGGCAGAGAGCGUAUUUGGUUCAACAUAUGCAAUACCAAGGUUCCUUGCAUAGUAAACUAUAUCAGGAAAUUGAAAUUGCCAGUGUGGAUGCUUUUCAAGGAAGAGAAAAGGAUAUUAUUAUUAUGUCAUGUGUUAGGAGCAAUGAACAUCAAGGCAUUGGAUUUUUAAAUGAUCCUAGAAGAUUGAAUGUGGCUUUGACCAGAGCAAAAUAUGGAAUUAUAAUAGUGGGCAAUCCAAAAGUUCUGUCUAAGCAACCUUUAUGGAACCAUCUUUUAUCAUUUUAUAAGGAACAGAAGGUUUUGGUUGAGGGACCUUUAACCAAUAUGAAAGAGUCCCUAAUACAGUUUGCUAAACCAAAGAAACUAACCAAUUCUGAAAAUCCAGGAGGUCAUUUUAUGUCUACAUCAAUGUUUGAUGCAAGGGAGGCAAUGGUCCCUGGUUCAGUGUAUGACAGAACCGGUUCAACAAUGAAUGGAUCAGGACCAUUCGGCAAUUUAGGUACCAACUUUCAACCGAGUAGGCCUGUUCAAAUGGAUAUGUUUGGACGUACUCACGACCCUAUCGGGUACAUUGCACCAGAAAGAGCUCAGGCUGGUUUUAAUCUUCCUGUGCCGGUUGGUAUGUUUAUGAAUAUGGCCCAUAUACCUCCCAGAUUUUAUAAUCAGCAUCAACAAGCUGUACAAGCUAGGCAACAACAACAAAAUCCUAGGGGACAAAAUAGAAGAGUUCCACAGAGACAGAAAGGCAAAAAUCUUAGUCAGGAUCAGACACAACCUUUCAGCCAGAGUCUCCAACUUACUCAAGGCGGAAUGUCCCAACCUGGACUGUCCCAGCCUGGAUUUAGUUUAUCUCAACCUGGUCUAUCUCAAGCGGAACUGAGUCAGGAUCUGUACAUGGCCGAAUAUCAAAGCCAGAUGGACGGGCUGUUGUCACAGGAUUCAACUUAUCAGGGAGAUAGGUCUGCUUUUUACCAACCUAGCGCCCAAUUCUCCCAGCCAUAUUGAUACGUCACGCCAUAGACCAGUUACAGAAACGCGGAAGCGACAAAAGACGUUGAAAGGUAAAGCAAAUCAAAAUAAAAUCGAAAGUGAAGAAACGACCAAAUUGUCAGUUAACAUCCAGAAUAAAAAUAAAACAAGACGAGAAAACAACGCGCAUAACUCGAAAAUAUUUAAAAAAAUAUAUAAAAAAACAUAUAAGAGAAAAAUAAAACGAUUAUAACGUCCACACAGAAGGGGAGUAUUGAAUAACUCGAAACAAGUAAGGCAGACGAACUCGACGUGAUUGUUUUCUUAGAUGGUUCAUUUGAACUACGAAGAUCUAUAAAGAUAUACGACUUUACUUAACGUAAAAUAUAUUAAUUCAAUUGACUCUUAAAAAAACACCUUAAGUAAAAUAUAUAAUAAAAAACGAUAUGGGUUUUACGUGUCAAUCGUAUUAUCCUAAAUCAACAUUACAGUUUUUCUGUACCUUCUAGUUAUUUUUAAUUAGUCUUUUUUUUUUGGUUAUUAGGGAAUAGUGGUACUCUUUUAAUUUGACGACUGACCUAUGUCUACAUUUAUUUAGAAAAUUUUACAUUUUUUUUUGUUUACUCAUUUAAAAAAACACACUUUGGGUUAUUGGUUGUUAAAUCAGGAAGAGUACUAUUGGUAUGUAUAAGUGGAUAUAAUAUAUUUGGUUUCAUUUGGUUUCCGAUAUUCAGAUAGCGAUAAAAAUGAUUGGUUACCAGAGAGUCUCUUAACUAUAAAUUAUAAACUUUAUAAUAAAAAAUACAUUUCGUCUUUGGUAAUAUACUGAGAUUUUUAUAGCUAUCUGGUAUAAAGGAAUGAAAUAAAAUUUAAAAUAUUAUCAGUACGCCCAUCAUUAGGUUAGAAUUAUUAUUUUAUAUCAUAUAAAUUAAAAGAGCAGGCAACCCUAAUAUCUAUUUCUCCAUAUAAUAAUUCAUUCUUUUUUCGAGCGUAGUUAGAUAUUUCCUCUUAAAAUUCAUUAACAGUUAUUAUUUGUCAUGUUUUGAGUGUCUUAGAUUACUCCAAAUAUUAUAAGUUUUAGUUUAUGGGGGAAUAAACUGAUAAAAGAAGA